ACACCCUCGGGUUGACUGGUGAGAAGAGACAAGGUUCCCGCACUCCACCUUGCGAGAGACCGAGAGAUGUAGGGGUGAAGAAACAGUGUGCCUCUCGUCUGUGACAUUGUGUUUCAUGAUACGGUAACAGUGUGUUCCUCCGCGUCACGACGGUGGUGGCAUCGCGGCGUUGUCUGUGUGUACGUUGUGUUAGCUAGAGUUUUGUGCAGUGUGGUGUCAUCUGCGGUUGAGAGUGCCCGAGACCCCAGACAAGCUAUGGCUGCCAGUAGUUCCUCCGUCGGCAGGAUGAUCACUAGUAAGCUUGACGACCUCCUUACCCAGCUGGGGACGGGUAAAUGGAACGUCUUAUUCUUCAUAGUGAUAGGUUACUGGAAUAUGCACUUGGCGCCACACACUCUGGGUAUAUCGUUCCUAGCGCCCAUGAUGGACUAUAGCUGUGUGCCUCCCGAUCACGCCUUCACCAUCACCUCCAUCACCUACGACGCCGACGGUACCAACCACACAACCAUCGAUAAUUGUCACUACUACAUCAACAUCACUGAGGGCGGUGGAGGGUUUACCAAGAAGCCGUGUGAUAAAUGGGCCUACGACAAUCAUACCUUCGUCUCUACUCUCACCUCAGAGUUUAACCUAGUAUGCUCGUCGGAGUACCUAAGGCCCAUUUACUCAAGCUUGUACAUGUUUGGUACCCUUGUUGGAGCACCUAUGAAUGGAAUACUCUCUGACAGGUAUGGGAGGAAGACCAUGUUAUCUAUCGGUCUCUUUGCUUACUUCUCAAUAGCCACAGCAUCAACCUGGAUUCCCGUCUUCUCCGGUAUCCUGGUUGUUCGGUUUAUCCUCGGUCUUUUCCACCCAGUCGUCUUGCAGUCUGGAUAUAUAUUAGUAAUGGAAGUCACGGAGCCUCGGUAUAGAUCUGUGGUGGGGAUCCUCAUAUCCUUACCCUGGGCAAUAGGAACAGUAGCCUGGGGCGCCAUCGCCUACUUUCUCAGGGACUGGAAGUGGCUCCAACUGGCAGUGACCCUCCCUGUCUUCCUCCUCCUCCCUCUCCUCUGGUUCAUCGACGAGUCUCCCCGUUGGCUUAUAGUGAAUGGACACAUCGACAGAGCCCACAAGGUACUGAAGAAGGCUGCCCGCUGGAACCAUUCCUCACUGCCACCCGCCGAGGAACUCACCAUUCUCAUGAGGGCAAUACAGAAGGAGUCAGCCACAGCGAAGGAUGCAGCGAGGGAGGAACACGGCGAGCUCACUUGUAAACAAAGAGUGUGCAACAGUAUACGGAGACUCUUCAUUCUCUUCAGGACCCCGAAACUACUGCUGAUAACGGUGAUGCUGUGUUUCAAUUUCUUCUCUGUUGGUAGCAUCUAUUAUGGGAUGAGUCUCAAUGCCGUCAACUACAGUGCUGAUCCUCACGUGUAUAUGAUGUUGGGCGGUGUAGUGGAAAUCCCAGCAUACACCGUCACGGCUCCUAUCAUCGCUCGUUUUGGCAGAAAAUGGCCAAAUAUUGUCUUUUAUCUCAUCUGUGGUUCCGUCAUCAUGGCUCUGGCUUUCAUACCCUCAAAUAUCAUGUGGCUAGUGAUGACUCUGGCCAUGAUAGGUAAAAUGUGUAUCAGUGCUGUAUACCAAAUCCUGUACCUCUACAGUAUGGAGCUCUUCCCUACAGAAGUCCGUCUACAGGGACUUGGAAUAAGUACCAUAGCCUCGCGGAUUGGUACCAUAGUAUCACCCUUUGUUACAGACUACCUGGGGCCACUGUACUCGUGGGUGCCAUCUCUGGUAUUCGGGGUGGUGGCACUACUCUCUGGGGUAUCCAUGCUGCCCCUGAAAGAGACCCUUGGCACUAAGAUACCUGAUACUAUUACGGACCUGGAGAACCCUGGUCAUCAACUAAUCCUCAGUGCCAACUCUCCACACUCACCCCAGUGCCAGUGCCAACUCUCCACACUCACCCCAGUGCCAACUCUCCACACUCACCCCAGUGCCAACUCUCCAAACUCACCCCAGUGCCAACUCUCCAAACUCACCCCAGUGCCAGGAGUGCCAGUGCCAACUAAACUCACCCCAGUGCCAACUCUCCACACUCACCCCAGUGCCAACUCUCCAAACUCACCCCAGUGCCAACUCUCCACACUCACCCCCAGUGCCAGUGCCAACUCUCCACACUCACCCCAGUGCCAACUCUCCAAACUCACCCCAGUGCCAACUCUCCACACUCACCCCCAGUGCCAACUCUCCAUAAGAGUAGUAAAGUCCUCUUGUUUCUUCUACUCACUGUAUUCCCUCUGGUGUUGCGGCUCCUUCAGAAUGGUUUCCUCUACCAGCACUUUUGACGAUCUCCUGACAGAGUUGGGUACCGGCAAAUGGAACUAUAUUUACUUCUACGCCGCCUCCCUCUGGUUCUGCAUCAUCCCACCCCAGGCGCUAAGUGGUACCUUCCUUGCUCCCGCCAUUGGCUACAGCUGUCGCCCUCCUUCGCAUUAUAUCAACGCCACCCUUUCAACUGACUCCUGCAGUUAUCUGGUCAACACGACGGCGACCAGUUGGGAGGCGGUGAAGGAGAGAUUGCAGAAGGAGGAGGAGGAGGAGGAGUGGGUUCCUUGUACUAUGUGGGACUUCGAUACUUUAGUCUUUUCCUCCACCCUGACCUCUGAGUUCGGUCUGGUGUGCGAGAGACAACACCUGAGAGCCUUCUAUCAAAGCAUAUUCAUGAUAGGUAACUUCAUCAGUCCUAUACUGGGUGGAUACCUUGCCGACAGGUUCGGCCGUAAGAUUGUGUCCGGAUCCUUACUUCUGGUGCUGACUACCGUUGGCAUAGCGAUCUGUUGUUUGAAUAACUUCGCUGCUAUCCUCGCUUGCCGUUUUAUCCUGGGCUGUGUUAACCUUUCCACCUUCUACGUCCUUGCGAUGGAGGUAUGCGAAACUAAACACAGAUCGAUUGUAGGCAUUAUGUCGGCUCUGCCCUGGGCAUUCGGUACCAUGGGUUGGGGAGGUGCCGGGUAUCUGAUCCGUGACUGGCGCUGGUUACAACUAGCCAUUACUUUACCUUCCAUACUGCUGUACCCUGCCUUAUGGUUCAUGGACGAGUCGCCGCGGUGGCUGAUCGUGAGGGGGCAACAUAACCGGGCCAUGAAGGUGCUGGAAAAGGCCGCCCGCUGGAACAAGGCCACAUUACCUCCCCGGGACCAACUGCUUGCCAUGAUGAAGGAGAUCCAACAGAGUGCUGAUUAUGGGGAAGGGUUACGACACAGCCACCACCACCUGGGGGUCGAAGAGGAGGGCGGAGAGGUGGGGAAGAAGGAGGGGCAGAAGGGCAGGGAAGUGACGAAGAGAAGGUGUGGUCGACAUCUACUGCCACGCCUCUGUAGUAAUCGGCCUAUUCGUGUUAUCGUCAUCAUCAUGUGUGUGGAUUUCUUAGUCGCAUCUAUGGUGUUCUACGGCUUGAGUCUCAACGGCGCCUCCCUAAGUGCCGAUCCAUUUCUAUACUUGGUGCUGACUGGUCUAAUGGAGGUCCCUGCCUAUACCCUGACGGUGCCGAUCAUUGCUCGUUUCGGCAGAAGGAUUCCCACCGCUUUAGGUUAUUUCGUCAGUGCUAUAUCGAUCCUCACUCUGGCCUUUAUUCCUUUAGAAAUAUCCUGGUUGGUGAUGACACUGGCUAUGUUAAGUAAGAUGUGUAUCACUGCCGCCUACCAGACACUUUAUGUUUACGUGACGGAGCUACUGCCUACAGAGGUCCGUAUCCAAGGCAGUGGGGCAGUCAAAGUUUCAGCCAGGAUAGGGUCUACUGUCUCUCCUUUCAUCACUGACUACCUGAGUUCGGUAGUUGCUUGGGGACCGGCGCUGGUAUUCGGUGGGGCGUCAAUGGUAGCUGGCUUGGUGACUUUAACUGUCUCAGAGACCUUAGGCACUCCGCUACCCGACACCUUGGCGGAUCUUCUUCCCAAACCCCAAAAAACUAGUGCCCGCGAGUCUGAUCUUGAGGGGGACACUAAGGAGAUGGUGAGCCUUAUGACUUAGCAUGUCGCCCUCCAGGUCUUAGUUGAGGACGACCUGUAAUAAAUGGGAGUUUUAAGUCGAGGUUCAACAUGUGGUUUAAGUUCUGUGAUAGGGUUUUUUCCGAGAAGGUUCUUUUGUGGGUUUUGAGUGUUGAGUUUUGCAUUACGUGUCAAUAAAUGAAUUGGGGUUUAAUUUUUUUUUAUCUUGCAGGGGUUCAAAGUGUUUUUUUUUAAGUAUUUUGUCAGAGAUUUAACCCCUAUCUCCCCUCUCGCAAUUUCAAAUCAUCAAAAGGUUCAAUUGGUCAGUUUGUUAGAUGUUCAAUGCGCAUUUAAAAGGUGCAACACACACAUCUGAAGUUCAAUUACUCAUUCGUGUUCACUCUUCAUCAACUAUCCAACAUUAAGCACUGGUUCAACUUACACCAAAGGUUCAAUUUUCAUUAAUACUUAACAUUCAACACUUAUGAGAGGUUCAACACACACAGGAAGAGGUUCAACAUACACAUAUGAGUCAUUGAACACAUCAACAAAGGUACAACGUCUACGGCAAAUCUUAAUAAUUAAUUCAGUCAGGUAAUAAUCUUCCCCCUCCCUUCUCCUCUCUUCCCUUCCCCCCCCCUCUCCUUUAACUCACCUCCCUCCCCGUCUCUCCCAUUCCCCUUCCUCUCUCCCCGCCCUUCAUCUCCCCCCCACCCUCUCACAUAUUUUGAUCCAACACUACAUAGAACUUAACCUCAAUAAAGACUUGAAUACUCUACAGACACUAUUUAAAGGAUCGAGUUCGCUUCUCUAAUUUUAAGUACAAGUUUAAAUUCUCUAUAUAUUGUAAACAAUUGUAUCUCAUGACGUUUUUUAUUCCUUCUAUGUAAUUCUAAUCAUAAAUAAAUGUUUCUCGAUA